AUGUCUGAAAAUAAAGAACGCAUAUUCCUCGUUGGAGGUACUGGCAAUGUUGGACGCCCACUUGUGCGUGAGCUAUUGGAACAAGGAGUACCUGUUACACUCUACGCACGCACACCUUAUCGUGCCAAGAUGCUUUUUAACGAUAUACCCAAUCCACCGUUAACCAUUGUCCAAGGCGAUUAUCAAGAGCUGGCAACAUUCGAGGAAGCCAUCAAAGGUCACCAGCGGUUGUUUUUACUUGUGGAUGAUUUAGCACACAUGUCAUCCAUCGUGGAUGCCAUUGCGUCCAGGGCUUAUGCAGCUGGUAUCAAGCAAAUUGUGCACGUGUCAUCGGCUAUUGCUGCUGAGCGAUGGCGUAGUACUUCAGUGGCUGUACAACAUCAUCUCGCUGAAGAUGCCAUCUUUCAACUUGUGCAAAAGCAACACCAAGACAAAUAUUAUGUAACAUUACGUCCACAACGUUUCAUGUCCAAUCUCAAAAAUGAUAUCCCUUCUAUUGUCAAGCAAGGAGUGAUCAUCGACACGGUGCCCAAGGAUCAAAAACAAGGUUGGAUCUCUCCCAAUGAUUUGGCUCGCAUAGCAGCUAAGGUACUCCAAGAUCCCAUCCACAAGCAUGCCAAUGCAGUUUAUGAUACAGUGGGUGAUUCUCUUACAGCUGAAGAGCGUGCUGAUGUUUGCUCAAGCAUAUUACAACGACCCGUGACAUACAAUCAAACAACACCCGAGGACAAGUACAAGACGCUUAGUCAAUACGCACCCCAUGUUAUUGCUUAUGAACUAGCUACUUUUGAAGGAUUUGAAAAGGAAAACGUCUCUCCAGGACUAUCCAUCUUGUUAGGCCGGGCACCAGAAAGGCUAGAUGCAUGGCUACAUAGUAGCAAAUCUCUGAUUGAAUAA